AUGGUUCAAUCAAUUGUUAGUAAAUGGUUAGAGGAUCCUCUUAUUGAAAUUGACACUGUUUUUGCAGAAAAAUACAGAAAAAACGAAUCAAUAAGUAUUUUUUCGGAUUUUGACAUUCAGAAACGUUUUCUUGAAGUAUUUAAUUCAGAUCUCCAAUUUGAAAAAAUACCAUCAUUAGAAAAAACACCAAGUGAUGCUCUUUUUUCAGGAAAACUUGUUAGAAUGACAUGUAUGAUUCAGGAUACGAAUUUUGGUCAGGAAAUAUGUAUGGGUGCAUAUAAAAUAGAAGGCAAAGGAUGGAUGCUUUCCCGUUAUGAUUUAUUUACACCUGGAAGAACUACAUUGGAUCCAUCUGAUCCGACUAUUUUGCUAGAUGAAAGACACUGUUUGUAUGCUACCUCGAUUCCUGGUGAAUCUGAAUGGCUGCAUCAUGAUCUUGCUACAACGUUAAAUUUAUUGUCACUUGAUACAUCUUCAGAAACAUAUAUUUCCGAAAGAUUUCCAUUAAAAAAUCAAAAGCACCUUGCUGUCAUUUUAAAAGUCUAUGCUGGCAUGGAAACACGAUUUCGUGUUUGUGACGUUGUAGAAGUGGUUGGUAUUUUUGAAAAAGAUACAGAAACAAUCCAAGAGUAUAUGACAAGUGACCAGAAUGUCGUUAAAAUACAACUUCCUAUUAUACAUGUUAUACAUAUGACUACGAUUAAUCUCAGUAAAUUAGUUACCCGGAAUCUUGGGUCAAUAAGAGAUGAUAAUAUAUUAAGAAUAAAGACUGAAAUUAUUGAUUAUUUAGCAAAUAUAUUUUGUAAUGACACUUUAGUUGCAGAAUUUAUUCUUUUAAGUUUAGUGUCUAACGUAUCCUCAAGACUGCCAACUAUGGUUUUAGGCUCUUUUCCUAUUAAUAUUCGGAAUUGUUCACCUAGCAUACUUUUGAGAUUUAGAGAGUUUCUUAGCAGUGUUCUUCCUGCUUUUGUAUAUGAAAAAAUAGAUAUUCCUAGUCUUAAUAAUAAUAAAUUUUAUCCUUUAAGUGAUGGUGAGAAAUUGCAGGCUGGUAUUAUGCAGUUAGCCAAAGGAACUACUGUAUGUUUUGAUGAGACAAACAUGGAUGAAGGGACAUUGAAUGAUACUGGUGUACGAAAUUUGCGCUCUCUUAAUCAAAUAAUUGUAUCUCAAGUUCUUCCAUUUCAUUUCUCGUUCAGUGAAUUUGAAAUAGAAACUGAUCUUACAAUAAUUAUUUUAAGUAAAAGCGGAAAAACGUUACUACCAAUAGAUAUUUCUAUUCCUAUAAAGUCUCAGAUGACAUCUGAUUUAAAAUCGUCUUCGUAUAUUACUUCUGAUAAAUUAUCGGACUUUAGAAAGUAUUUUGCUACUACAAGGCAAUUGUCAGUUACAAUAUCAAAUGAAAUUUCUGAAAAAAUUCAAUCCGAUUUUGUUAAACAACGUCAACUUGGAAAUAAAAUUAGUGAAAAAGAAUUUGGGCUUCGUAUUACUCUUGCUAAAUUAUUUGCUAAAACAUGCGGGUCUGAUACAGUUUUGUGGGGUCAUUGGAUGAAUGCAGUUCGUUUGGUUUCCAGUCUUGAUGCAUUAAAAUAA